CUUUUUGUGUGUGUACAGGUGCAAGGGAUGGAGAAGUCUCUCGAUUAUAUGGAGCUGGAGCCAGCUGACUCUGUUCUGAAGACCAUUCCAUAUGGUGUGAGUGGAGGUGGGGUGGAGGCUGUUGGGGCAAUGAAACCAUCUUAUCAGAACUCCCGCAUGUUCUCCACCAUUGAGCACACACCUCUGAAGCCCAAAUCUCCCAGCUAUACCUUCCACCAUCCAUAUGAAUGGGCCAGGAACCAGUCUCUGGUCCUUGAUCAAACAGGCUACCGCUCCAAACGCAAGCCCCUGCUCAAGACAGCAUUAAAGACCAAAAAGAUCUUUGGCUGGGGUGACUUUCAGUUCACCAUCAAGACCAUUAAGUUCAGCCUGUUACUGACAGGGAAGAUCGUGGACCAUGUCAAUGGGACAUUUACAGUCUACUUUCGCCACAACUCUUCCAGUCUUGGCAACGUAUCUGUGAGCAUAGUCCCACCCUCAAAGGUCGUGGAGUUUGAGGUCCUGCAGCAUCCUCCGCUCCAUCUCCCUGGGUUGCACAUCCAUCAGAGGGAUCAGUCUUCUAUUGAUCCAAAAGAGCUCAAAACUUUCAACUGCCACAUGGAGUACGAGAAGACGGACCGCUCCAAGAAGCCCAAGCCCUGUCUGUACGACCCCUCCCAGACAUGUUUCACUGAACACAUCCAGUCUAAUGCCGCCUGGCUGUGCGCCAAACCCUUCAAAGUCAUCUGCAUCUUCAUCUCGUUCUUCAGCAUCGACUACAAACUGGUGCAGAAAGUUUGUCCUGAUUACAACUUCCAGAAUGGACACCCUUAUUUUGGAUGA